CGGUAACAAAGUGACUUGUUACUGACCGGAGAGACGUUGUGUCAUCCGAUGUUUUAAAUAUUGACACCAAUUCAGAGACGGUUUCAGUGUGUUGUGCUUUACAUUGUGGAGUGGUCGGAGGUUACGGAGACAGUUUUUUUUACGAUUUAAUUAAUAAUGAAGCCACUACUAAGUACAGUGGUGGCUCUCUGCCUAAUCCUCCCCACACUAGCACACCCCGAAAAUAUCGAGGAGGUUAAAGAAUUGCCACAAAGCAAAGAGCCCGUCGUUGAGGCUGAAGAGUCUAAGCCUCAAGCCAGAAAAGAACGCUGCUCGAAAUGCUCGUCUACCGUCAGCUUAGACCUUAAGUCACCGAAAGACCUCAUCGCGGCACUACAGACCCUGCCCGGCGGAGAGGUCCACACCCAACAGUCUUUUGAAGGCUGCUCGAGCAGCAAAGGCUGCGCCGGUAUUAAGGUCCAAGACGGACAAGUCACCAACAAGUUCGGCAACCUAAACGCUUUCGGUGGCGACAAUAAUUUCAAAGCCGGAUCAACGUUCGGUAGCAAUCUCCUCAAUGGGAAAAUCUCUGGUGAACCUCUCUGGUGGAUGGGCGCCAACUCUCCCUUCAAAAACAUCAACUCGGCGAGCUACAAAACCAGCUCAAGUUAUACCAGCACUAGUGGAGGUGCCACAGGAGCCGGUGGUGUUGACCUUUCGAAGAAUAUUUUCUUGAACCCGGGUGCAAGCGGCUUUGCCGGUGGACAAUCGAAUUACGAUGCUUCGUCAUCCUCUUUCCAAGUGACUAAGGAAGGAGAACUUGACGUUGUAAAUAAUCCGUUCUUAAACGGCAACAUCAACUUGGCACAAUCUGGUUUUACAGUCGGUAAAGGAUUCGCAUCUCAGGCUGGUGGCGCUUUCGGUGCGAGUUCCACCGCUUCUUUUGGUAGCGGAUCUGGUUACGUUGGUUCAUCUCCUAGUCCAUUCGCGACCAGCACUGGUUCAAACAUCAACCUUAUUCAAAGUGCACAGAAACCAAGCGUAUUCGACUUCGAUCAGACGCAGCAGACAAUCAAUGAUGAUAUAUUCGCGGGUGGCUCCAACGUGAACCUUCAAGGUCAGGUUGGUGAGGGGCUCCAGCAGUCCUGCCUCGGCCAGGGCUACGCCUGCGUGCUGCGAUCUCAGUGUAGCAAUGGUGUCACCAGCGUUAUACCACUAACCAAGAAGCAGUACUGCGACAUAAGAACCGAAGUCUGCUGCAGAGUGGACGCCUCUUUAUCCGGAGUACCCCAGACCCCACUUGGUGCUGGCUUCGCUACCGCCGAUACUGAGAUCCAAGGUUCUGGACUGCUCAACACCGCCGCCAUCAACACGCAGAGCACAAGCAAUCAAGGCUUUGGGAUCCAAACCGCAUCCAACGGAGCUUCCAGUUACGACGCCAACCAAGCUACUUUCGGCACCAACUUCGGUUCAACCGGCAUCCCAAUUAGUUCUACCGGCGCUUUUGGCCCAACAAAUUCCCCCACUGGAUUUACUGGCUCCACUCUGCGUCCAGUGUCAGGCCAAGGCAACGUCCUUGAAACUGACACCUUCACUUCUCAGAGCGCGAACACAAACGUGUUCAGACCCGGCGCAGUCGGCACCGGCCUCAAGCCUGGCAUUCCUUACCUACCUCCCGUCGACAACACAAACAGCGGCACCAACGUCGUCAGUUCCACUGUGUUCCCAUCAACUCCUUCGUUCACAACCCCCCGCCCAGUUUCCACACCCCGCCCAAUCCUUCCCCGUCCAGUCACAACCCCCCGUCCUUACACCCCAGUACGUCCAGUAACAACCCCACGCCCUGUAAGCAGACCAACGUACCUACCACCUGUGUCUUCCACCUCUGCCCCCGGAUACUUACCACCAGUGGGUGAACAGACCAUCAACAGGGAAACCUUCGUGCCCAGCCCUGACUAUAAUGAGGGUGGAAUUAUUCUGGAUGAAUCAAGAUUUCCUUCAACGACUCGUCAGCCGACUGUACCAGUUCUGAGUGAAAUCCCUGCCGGAUGUGCUGCCGCUUUAAAAUGUACCCCCAUCGAGUUCUGCACAGCUGAUGGAAUCAUCUCCAACACUACGAUUAUCCUAUCAAGAGAUCAAAAUGCUUACAGAGUACCACUUACUGACUGUAAAGACUUGGCGACUGGUCGCAUCGGCAAAUGCUGCCGUGACCCCUUCUACACUGACCCCUGGCCGACCAACCAGCUCGGCAAGUGGGUGCCCGGUGUAUUCGGAGGAAACGACGGCAAAUACGUGCCUGAUAACCGCGAUAGCUCCAGUACGAUUCGAAACCAGGUCACUGGCAGACCUGACGUUACUGGAAGCACUAUUCUAAACAAUUUCAGGACCCCAAAACCAACUACUCCUACUUUUGGAACAACCCCAGGACAAGGUCAGAUCAGCAUCGUUGGUCAAGGAAAUGGAAUCGAGCAAGGACAGGGCGCCAUCAGAAACCAAGGCAAAGGUCAACGCAACAAAUUCGGCUUUGUCUCGCAAGGCAUCAAGCUUGAGAACGGACAAGGGCAAUACACUGAACAAGGAGUGGGCCAAGCUGUUGUUCAGGGUGGAGGCGUAGGCCUUGUGCAAGGCGGCGGCGUCGGCAUCCGACAAGGCGUGGGCUUGACUACUGAGAAUGAGUACAGCGCCUCUUCUAACAGAAUUUACCUCCAGCGGUACGACGGUGCUGGACAGUGUGGUGUUAAACAUGGCCAAAGACCGUACGGAAACCACAACAAUCUGGAGGUAGACUUUGCGGAGAUCCCCUGGCAGGCGAUGGUACUGCUGCAGUCCAACAAGAGUCUGCUCUGCGGCGGUGUUAUCUCCAGGCCUGACGUUGUAUUGACAUCUGCUUCUUGUGUUGACGGAUUGGACGCCAAGAACGUUCUAGUCAAAGGCGGCGAAUGGAAACUUGGUAUCGACGACGAACCUCUGCCUUUCCAGAUCGUGCAAGUGAAAACGAUCAUUUUCCACCCAGGAUACAAAUCUGGAAGUCUCAAAGACGAUGUAGCUAUUCUUUACCUCAGUGAAAACUUGCGUCUAGCGAACAACAUUCAACCGAUAUGCAUGCCUAAUUCUAAAGACUCCAUCAAUGCUUUCUACAAUGGCGGUGGAGAAUGUAUUGUGACCGGAUGGGGCAAAGUUGUACUGCAAUCUCACCUGGCUGGCAGUAUCAUGCACAGCGUGAAUGUGUCACUAAUCCAGGCUGAUCAGUGUGAGAGCAGAUUGCAACAGGACUACCCACACUUGCUGGACAACUACGACCGUGACAGCUGCGCUUGCGGACAACCCACUAACCCAUUGAACAACAUCUGCAAGGUGGAUAUCGGCAGCGCUCUCGCCUGUACGACCGGCGAUGGUUACUACGUUAUGCAGGGUAUCUACUCCUGGGAUUCAGGUUGUCAGACUGGCAAUCAAUUGGCUGCGUUCUACAAAUUCGACAUUGAAUGGUACGAGUGGGCCAUCGGACUAACAGAGAGCGUUCGCUACUCCCAGUACGGCGUCGGUACCAAGGUCACACAGACUAAGUACACAGUGACCUCAGGCACGAAGGACACCCAGUACACCACCGGAGUCAAGGGCUAUGGCACCAUAGGACAAGGACAGAACACACAAAUCGGUGUUGAACAAGGGGCAAAAGGACAAGGUCAGAUCAGCACCAUUGGUCAGGGAUUUGGAAUCAAGCAAGGCCAGGGCGCUAUCAUCAGCCAAGGCAAGGGUCAAAGCAACAAAUUCGGCCUGGUCUCUCAAGGCACCAAUAUUGAGAACGGACAAGGGCAGUACAUUGAGCAAGGAGUAGGCCAGACCGUUGUCCAGGGUGGAGGCGUGGGCUUCGUGCAAGGAGGCGGCGUGGGUAUCCGACAGGGAGUGGGUAUUCAACAAGGUGUGGGCAUCCGACAGGGCGUGGGCUCGGCUUCUGAAAAUGAGUUCAGCGCCGCCGCUAACAGGAUUUACCUCCAGCGGUACGACGGUGCUGGACAGUGUGGUGUUAAACACGUAAGUAAUAUAAUAAAUCAGACAUUAUUGUAGAUUAUUUCAUUAUUAAAGA